AUGAUCAAGGUGUUUUUGAGCACUCCAGCCAAGGCCAUAAUCAACUUCUGCGCCGUCAACAAAAUCACCAUCUCCAACUUUUACCAGAUCGCGUGGGCUCUUCUUUUGCGCAAUCUGCUUCAAGAAGCCCAGCAAGGUUUCUUGAAGAGCCUCAAGCAUCAACAUUGUUCGCUCGCUCACGUCCAACAAGCGUUAGGUAUGCCCAGGCACUCCCUUUUCAACACAGGCAUCUCGCUUCAGAGGCUCCCCUCCGCAUCCAAUAAGGGCAGCGCAGUUUCCAGCCUCAACUUCGAACAUCUCGACGGACAGGACUCAACCGGAUAUGAAAUGAUCGUCAACGUCGCGGCCAACAGCGAGACGUUUGGCGCAGCCCUGUCGUUUUGGACCGCUCAAAUCUCCGAGGCUAACGCCGCACAUAUCUCCUCCUGCUUCGCGCAAAUCGUCUCAGAGAUCGUGGCCCAGCCCCAUGAAAUAGUUGCCGAACUCGGCCCCUUGAGUCGCCGAGAUGUGCUUCACAUCGAGUCGAUCCUCCCUCCCAGCCCGAGCGGCAUCGAGGCUUGCGUUGACGAGCUCGUCACGCUUAUGGCAAACAAACGACCCAACAAGACGGCAGUCGAGUUUUGGGACGGAUCCCUUUCUUACAGCGAACUCGACGACAUGUCCAGUCGGGUCGUCGCUCGCUUGCAGCUGAUUGGUGUCGGCAUAGAGAGCAUCGUGCCCGUCUGCUUCAGCAAGUCCAUGUAG